GAAAGGGGGAUGCUGCAGCCCCGUCCUCCUCAUAUCUCUCUCCACCCAGCCCUAGAAUAAAAACCACCGGUGACGUGCGCGCAGAGAAGCACCCAGCAGUAUGUGCGCGCCCACGGGAGGGGCCGAUAGAAAAUGGCGAGUCUGUGCAAAAGGCAGCAAUGCACGAUAGAGAGGCGCGGCUUUCGGCAGGAACUUGACUCUUGGAGGCACAAACUCAUUCACUGUGUAGGCUUUGAGAGCAUCUUGGAGGGCUUGUUUGGGCCGGGACUAGUCAAGGACAUCACUCUUUUCCAAGACUGCGAGCCAGAGGAAGUGUCUGAUUGGUCCUUUGAUGAGAACUGUCUCUUCUGCUGCUUAAGACGUGAGAAAAACAAGGAGCACAGCUUGGAAAACGGGGGAGGCGGCCACGUGCUGUCAGAGUGCGAGGACUUCAAACAGGGGCAGUCUCGGAUCAGCCGGCUGGAGAGACAGGCCCGAGACUUCCUCAAUGCUGUGUUCCACAGAAAAGACCUCCCAAGUUUCUCUGACCCUCACAUUCCUCUAGUGGCUCGUGAGAUCAUGCAGCGAAUGAUCCACCAGUUCGCUGCCGAAUAUACCUCAAAAACUACUCAGGAAGACCUGCCCCUGCCCAACGGCACCAUGAAGGACCAAAGCCUGUUGAGAGCGGUGUCUCUGGCGCCAGCCCCAAGCUCCCCGGCUGGGCCCACACCCAGCUCCCCUCCAUCGUCUGCCUCCUCCUCUCCGUCCCCAACUCCGGGUGCGGGCUUCAGCCCCAGCUCAGCUGCUAUCAACUCAGCGCCCGCCGGCAUUCAGAGCAGCAACGGGACGGGAGCCGGCAACAGCGGAGGAGGAGGUACAGCUGCUGCCUCUGCACAGAACCCGGUCCUUAGCAAGCUUCUCAUGGCGGACCAGGACGGCCCACUGGACCUCACCAUCAGAAAGGCCCAGGCCGAUCAGGAGCCCAGCCAGCAGGAUGGUGUCUUGGACCUCUCCACCAAGAAGAACAACAGCAGAGGAAGCCUCAAAACUUUACAAGGCUUCACCCUUGCUCCUGGGGACAAAGGACAUUUGCUCAAGGCAGAACGUACCCUGUCAGAAGUUGAGGAAGACGAUGGCCUACUGCAAAAAAGUUUGCAAGAUGGACUGAGGGAGAGCUACAUCAACUCCAACUCCUUCAAGCCGCCACUGGCCCGCUCUCUUCGCAUCAAGGAGGAGCUUCUUAGCCAGAAGCACCGUCUCUUGAGUCAGCCCGCAGCUCUUUCUCUGGCCAAUCUAGAGUCAGCCGGCUUGCUUAAUCAUGGGCAGUCCCACUCCUUACUCAGCCAAAAGGGCUCCUCUUCUCUCUGGGAAAGCAAGGCCCACCUCGAAAGCCUGAUGAAGCUAAAGCAGGCUGGUGGAGCUCUAAGCGACCUCAAAGACCUGCCUACAUUCCUGGAAAAUCACCACCACAGCCACCAUGGAGCCUUCUCAUAUAAGAGUUCUCUCCACCACCACAAUCAAGUGUCAAAGGCUCAGCAUCACCCUAACGAGGCCAAGAGAGAGCAGGGCCACUCACCGCCCGUCGACCUAAAGAUCCCACAGGUACGGGGAAUGGAUCUUUCCUGGGACUCCCAUGCCUCUGAGCUGUAUGGUUAUGGAGCCAUGGGUGUGGGGACAGGUGGACAUGGCGAGAACAGUUUGAGCCGGAAGCUGAGAGCCAUCUUACCCAAACAGAACCGGCGGGGUGGAAGUCUUGGAAGCCUGCUGGAUGGGGCCGCUGAUUACUGGAACUCUGACAUAGACAGUUCCACUUCCGGACCAGCAUAUUCCAUCUCUGAUGUGGAAGUGGACCCAAGCUCCAAGCAGCCAAGGAAGAAGAGGGGCCGUUAUCGGCAGUACAACAGCGAGAUUCUGGAGGAAGCCAUAGCAGUAGUGAUGAGCGGGAAGAUGAGCGUGUCCAAGGCACAGAACAUGUAUGGAAUCCCACACAGUACCCUAGAGUACAAGGUAAAGGAGCGCAUGGGAACCCUGAAGAACCCCCCAAAGAAGAAGCUCAAGCUGAUGAUGAAGAUGGAAGCAGGAGGCCAGGAUUUCCCAGUGGAGACGGAAAACGCACCCAUGACAACCCCCCGAGAUGAAAGCCUGGCACUAGCUGCUGCUGAGCUCAAGGAAAAUGCAAAGGAGAAGACUGAUGACGAUUCAAAACCAAUUGACUAAACAACCCACACAUGUAAACCUCAGUCACGUGACUUCUGUCAUUUCAAACAUGGAUGGGGCUUUCUUUUGUGCCAAUUUACUUUGCAGUAUCUAGGUGAGCACAAAUGGUUUGAGGAGGAUUCCUAAAAAAAAACAAACUGCUGAGAAACAUCUAAUCGGAUACUUUUUAACCUACAGCGCCUUGCAGGCGCUGACCAAGCAUUUGUUUAGCUUUUAUAUCCAAAGCUUAACAAAUGCAAAUAAGGACAGUAGUUAAAUGACAAUUAAUGAAAAUUCUUUAAGCAUGCUGAUAAUCCCCAGCCCCCAAACCCCAACCUCUCCUCUUUUCUGAACUUUACACACAGAUCUGUUGCUGCUUAUAAAUGGAGUUUGGGCUUUGGAUUAAUUUUAUUCUGGGGAACAAAAGAAUGUUCAAAUGAAAAAAAAAAAUUAUCUGACAAAUUGGACCCUUUACCUCUCCCCUCUCUCAUAGAGAAUUUGCUGAAAUUGGUAAGUGAACUGUUUCUUACAUUUGAAGCCAACUGUAGGACUGAAUCAUCCCAUUAUUUCCUCACAUGGGUUCCAGAUCAAACCCAUUCUCCUCUUGCCAGGUAGCCAUGAUGCUUUAACUGCAAACGUUUUCUUUCCUCCUUAAAAAUAUAAUCUCUGUGCAGACGAAAGCAACAUUAACCCGUCCUCUUGUGAGCAAGAGAAGACACACAAAAGUCAUUCAGGGAUGCAUGUUUGUGAGUUUCGUGGACACUACUGACUUCUGUAAUCAACUCCUUUUCUUCUCUCUUUUCUUUUCAUUUGGUUUGCUUUCUUUUGCACUACACUUUGGGUCUGGCGCUUACAGACCACGUUACCUCGGCAUUGUUGCCCAUGCAUCAUGCACUUAUUAUGGUCUGUCUCUGAAGCCCAGUCGCAACUUUGCAACGGGUCAGAGGUGCACAUCGCCUUUGAAUGCUGAUUCAUAUUCAGAGGCAGGACGCUCUGAAUUCACCCUCAUCGUUUUUUUUUGUUUUUUUUUUGUUGUUGUUGUUUUUUUCUCGCCAAGGGACAACAUGAAGGGUACUCUGAUUAUGGAUCAGCCGUUUUUAGGGCGGGAUGCUACCUCAUGGACCUCCUUCAGUCUGACACUGCUGAUCCUGGAAAAAGGUCGCCCUUCAGAAACGGUGACCAAAGGGAGCUCGACACCCUCAUGGAAGACAAUGGCCUUUUAGGAUCAGAAUGUGAAACUGUGCUGCUAUUCAGUUCAUCAUCUUGACUCCUACAAAGGCUUUAGCUGGCCCAGGCUGAACCAUUUGAACUUGUCUUAGCUAAUUUCAGCAUAUUACUAAUGUGUGUGUGUUUUUUUUUUUCUAAUCAGACUAAGCAGAAGCAGUUUAGUUGAGAAGUUUUAAUAGAAAUGCCUCCCCCUCAGACUUCAAAGACAGUUUAAAGGCAGUUAUGUAUGAAACAAUGUGCAUUUAUUGAGCGUUGCUUUCUUUUGGGGGUGGUGGGUGGGUAAUAUGCAGUGGGAGGGAUUAGCUGUUAGGUGGGGGGAGAGGCAGAUUUUAAUAUAUUUUAAGUUAUUGUGACUGACUGAUGUAAAAGCCAAUCCAUGAUUCUGGGUGUUUUUGUUUUCUCUCCUCAUUUUUAACUCAGGGUAACUGAGACAGAAGACAUGGGAUACUAAUACAGUGAUUUCUUGUUGGACCUAUAGCAGACAGAGAGGAGGACAAGACAGGCCUCUCACUAAUUAUUUCUUUUUGAUUACUAUGGCGGUGCCAUUAUAGAAUAGACCUGCUACUGAAACAUAGAAAAAGAACAGGAAAAAUACACGAACGCUGGGUUUGUGAAUCAAACUUAUUGCGCUGAACUAAAAUAGCACUUUUUCCAAGGAAGAAUAAAACAAGUUUGAGGUUAUGCAUGUAGUGUAGCUCUUCUGUAAGAGAGAUGGAGCAGAGAGGGAUGAGCAGGGCAGAGAGACAGACGAAAAAGCUUUAGUGUGAGACGACUUUCCAAAAGUUGCAGCCCGAACCCAAACAAACUCCUUCUUUCUGCUUCGAUUACCUCUGCGCUGAAAGAGGGGGAAAAAAAGAGUGGAAAAAGUUGGAGACCUGGAACAAGUUUGUUUUUGUGUAGCUUCUCAUAGAUUUUCCACCUCUUCUUGAAAUGUUGCUCUUUGCUCUUGACACUGCCUGUUGUUCGCCCAGUCUGUGAGACUUUCAACACGACAACCAGGACUCUCUCCUCAGAUGAUUCACUCCUUUGCAAAUGUAUGUUGUUAUUUAUUUGAUUUUAAUAUGAUUAUUCUCUUAAAAUGGCAUGCACGGCUGUUUUUUGUUUUGUUUUUUUGGCUGAGUUUUGUGUUAAACAUUAUUAUUGUUAGAGCAAUGACUAAUUGCCACCCCCCUUACCCCAAUGUGGUUAUUGGUUUUCCACAUUGGGCCUUUGUUGUUUAAACAGUUAGAUAAUGAUCCUUGGGGUCAUCCUGCAUCAAAUGCAUCCCACACUGAACAAUGCAAAGCGUUGAAAGUGUCUAAAAGGCCGCUGCAUACAUCCAGUUGGAGCCGGCGAAAGACAAUGCACUGAUCUGAAAACACGCUUAACGCCCUAGAGCUGGUGGUGAAGCGCUCCCUAUCAACGCGCAGCAGCUCUACUGGCCAGCUGUGAGGGUUAGUGUCAGGACACAAAAUUGAUGUUGGACUCUUGCCUUUGUUAAAAGAAAAUGGAGGGGAAUCAUCAUUUAAAUCUUCUUGUUAGCCACUUUCAUGUAAUGCAUGUAAAGCAUAAAGCAGAUGUGAAGAAUCAGCAGAAUUGGCAUUAAAUGCACAGAUUUGCAUGAACAAAUUCAACCAGCACUUAGAGUAAAUUCCCCUGAGAGGGGCAAUGCCCUCCAAAGCCCAUUUUACACUGAUCUACAAAUAAUCUUUUUUCCUUCACCCCUACUUGUCAUUGGGUGUUUACUGUUAUUUUUGUUCUUAAUGCCAUCAUUUUGUACCAACCAGUCAUUUCUGUUUGGUCUGUUCAGCCGGAUCAUAUCUACUGAGGUGCAUGCCAUUUCAGGUAUAUAUUUAUUUUCUAAUUUUGUUUGUGUUAUUUUGAGUGUGUACGGUUAACAAAUCCACCUGUCCAAAAAAAGCCCCUCUUUAAAGUAAGUCCCAGCACAUACUAUUUCAAAAAGAGACCUUGCAUGUCGGUUUUCAUGCAAAUAUACCAAGAAUGUAGUGAAAGACAGGAAUCUCUCAGACUCACCAAUGACACCUCAUUUUUUGUUAGACUGUUGUUGUUUUUUUUUAUUCUUCUGCUCAUAUCAGUUUUUUAUGCUGCUUUCAUCUGCAUUCGAAACACUCCAACAGUAGCCUUGGUACUGUAUAUGUCUCAGGAUUUAGCCCAUAGGUUGGGCAGCAAUAUUUGUCAGUCAGAAAAAGGCACAACCUUAACUACCUACACUUUGUUUACGGACAUGUACAACAGACGGAUGGCAGAUUAAACGUGUGGAAACCAGGCCUUCCAGAGCACUUUCACCUUUGUGGGGUUUGCAGGUUCACAGUCAUAAGUGAGUUCCUCUUACCAUGAUAUAUGUUUCUCUCAAUGAGCCCUUUCCCAAAGGUUAACGAAGACAUAGUGAGUCAAGACACCUUUGACCUGACAGUGGGAAAAAAAUGGCUUUUUCUCCUCUGUCAACUGACUUGGGAAGAACUCGUUGUCACUUCCUGGUUUGAAACUCACCUACAAUACAGGCAGUGGAUUUUUUUAAAAAGUACCUGUCCCUUUCGCGACACUUUCCAGCAACACAUUAGAUCGGCCGGUACGUCUGUCUGUGCACCAUAAGUGUUAAAAGGUGGCACUGACAACAACCCCGUUUGGUGUGGUUGUUGUUACUGAGACUCAAAAUGUGCGACUUUUCGUAUCAGUGACACGUUUAAAAUGAAGACGGAGGAAACCCGCUUUUUUUACUUCAGGCUGCCACUGUCCCUGGAGGAUUUUUAUUAUAUUUAUAGAUUUUCAGGGGAACCUUAUAUUGUUUUUUUUUAUAGAUUUUAAAGAUAAAUUGAAAUUGGCUAAAAUCGUUUUUUUUAAAAGUCAAUGCUUUAAAAAAAAUUGCAAUCAGAAACGUUCCAUAAUGUCUGAUGUCAUCAUGGAGAGCCGUGUGGAACAAAAUUGGCAAUAUACUAUUUUCCUGCAGGCAUCGAGGGUCAGUUGUACAUCCUAUACUAACUCCUCAAAUGAUUGACUUAGCAGAGCUAGGGAUCAGAACAACUUCCAUCCAUCUAUUUUUUCCCCUCCUGGUCCAGGUGGUGGUGGGGGGCUGGUACCUGUCUCCAGCUGCUUGUCACUAUCUAUCGUGUACAUGCUGCAAACCUCUCACCCCGAGGGAAACGCUUCUGCUUUUCUGUUUAAUUUGUCACCCGUCUGUAAACCUGAGAAGCAGAGCCGAGUGCUAUACCUCAUUCACUGAACUCCUGCUCCUUUCUGUGCCUCGUACUGAAUCCUUUACCUGGGUGCUUAGCAAGGCGAUAACUGAUACUCUGGGAAAUAUACCGUUCCUCUUCCUUUUCUGACUGUGUUCUUCUUUUCUGUUCUUGCUCUCCUCUCAUGAAGGGAGGAGGGCGAUGCUUCAAAUAUCUGACUGACCAAUAUGUGCCCCCAACACCUUACAGAAAACACCAGGAUCACAAUUUUUUUCUUUGUCUGUUAGGAUUUCUAAGAUGUGCUUAUGUUGUUAGCUAGGGUUGAAAAAAAAAAAAAAGACAGAACAAUCUUUAAUUUGGUUUCACUGUGGAGGCAGUGAGACAGUUUGGAACCACCCUGCUCUGAGUGAGAAUAGAGAACCACGUCCACUGAGGGUGUUUUAUUCCCUCCUAAGUUUAUCGGUCGUUAGAUGUAACAUAAGUCCAGGUUGAAACCUGACAGGACACAGUUUUGCACUUUUUAUUGUCUCACACCAAAAGAGACCCAGAGGGGGUAUUGGGGGACAGGUGGACAGGUUAAUCUUCCGUUAUCAUAUUUCUUUUUGAAGAAAAACAAAGCAUCCAAACCCUUAUACAGCAUUCCAGAAAACCUUAAUAUGAUGGAUUUGAUGUACUUCAGAAAAUGUAUGAAUUUAUUUGAUUUCUUUUUUUUUUUUUAUCUUCGGGUAUGACGAUAAUUUUCUCUCCUUUUCGGCUUGUUUUUUUUUCUGAGACUUUCACUGCAUGAGAAAAGAAAAGAAAGAAAAGAACAAUGUUAAGCAGCAACUACUGUAACCUCACUAAGUGGACCCCACAUUCUGUCCCAGACUGGUGCAAAAUGAGGGGGCCUACUCUGAAAGAAAAACACUUUUAUGUGACAUGUGUAUGAUUGCUAUGCUCCUCUCUGCAGAGAGGCUUCCUCUGUUUUUGCUCAUUUAUUCCUCAGGUCUGGCCACUUAAAGCAGCUGAUUGUAUAUUAGAAACACACACAAAAAGAAUCAGGACUUUUAGUACGGCUUGUUUCCAGAUUUUUAGGCCUAACAAACAGAAAGCAUUUUCGAUAAGUGCUUUUUCUUGACGUUAUUGUUCGUACUCUUCUUACUCCUUGUGGCGUAUGAUUUGCUUUAUUUUCCUACAAACAAAGAAGAUAGAUCUUUUCGAAUGCCAGAAGCCAGGUUUUACGAAUAUGAUGCCGUGUUCUCUUUAGCACAUACAGCCGAGGGAGAGCAGAACGCACACACGCACACCAGUAGAGACAAGAUGCACCUAGAGCAACACACACUCUCCCUCCUCAUCAGGUAACCACAAUUUGUGUGGGCGGGUUAUAUGUAUAAUUAUGAAGCUGAGGCUGCCACGUCUCUGUCAGAAGCAGGUGGGUGUGUUAUGUCCACGACAUGCAGAACAUCACUGCUGCUGGCUGGUUCUGAUCAAACACUCUGGGACACUGCAGGUAUUGCCUCUGUGAAAUUCUUCUUAAUUUUCUAUCCUUUCUGUCCCGUCUUAAUGACCCCUCUUUCUCUUCUCUGUUUUGUCUCAAGCUUUGAACUGUCUAUCCUGAUUUUAACCCAUUGCCAUUUCCCUUUAUGCAUGAUGGUAGUCAACGAUAUAAGGACAGGAAAGCAUGUUUCAUUGUCUUCCUGCCAUGAACAAUUCAUAAUUUUAAUUAGGAGUAAAAGCGAUGUCCGUUUUAAAAUAGUAAAGCAGGUGUUUUUCUACAUUUAAACAAGGAGAAAAUGGCUAGAGGUGCCAUUGUAAACUACAUUUAGUAUUUCUGUUAGUGAUUAGCACAGUUAGCUCUGCUAGCUUGGCAGAAAGAGCAUUUCCAAACGCAGCAAUUUCCAGAGGUUCAAAGCUGAUAAAGAACAAACGGAUUAACCUAGCUGUACUCCAUUCAGCCUUCCUGUUAUCUGCAGAAAGUCGGACUCUCUCUCACUUGUAGCCUCAAUAAAGCACACGUCAUAGAAAAGGCUGCUCCAUUUAACAUAACGUCUCACAUCUCUGUUUUUCCAACUGGGUGAAACUAGCUGUUAACUAGCCAGCUUUCAUUCUUGUUCUUCUUCACGCAGUAAAAACAUCCACACUGAAGAGUGUUUCUGUCUUCAUGACCUGGUAUAGCAUUGGUAUAGUGCAUUUACUGAUUGGACAAACAUCAGAGUUGUGAGUUUGUGGUCAGCGAGUUGCCAGUCAGGUCUGAUGGUGCUAAAAAUCUUCAAAUUCCAGGUGCCAGCCAAUAUUAUCUGUGCAAUUUAAAGUUUUUAUUAGAGGUGAAAAACAAAAGUAAUAUUCAUAGUGAGAAAGAGAAAAACUCAGUCAUUGUAGUAAAACGCACAAAACUGAUGUGGGCAACAAGAUUUACAAUUUGUCAGCAGACAGAUGUUCUGCUCUAAAAUUAACAAAGCCACAGAUUGUUUUUUUAAAUGAUGAUGCGUCUUAUUUGUUUUAUUGAAUAUUGGAGAGAAAAUAGCUGCUGGUAAAAAAGGAGGUGGUUUAUUAUUUUUCAUUAGUCCUGGAAUAAAAAGGCAAUUGUGCACAAUGGUUGAAGAUUUGUCUUGCAAAUCAUGUUAGAAAUAUGACAACGGUAGAAUGCAAGCACUUGCUCUUUAAAAACAUAUGACCUAAAAUUCAGUAAAAGAAAAUGUAAAAAGUCAUGUGCAAUAAUCAUAUUUAACACGAGUCUAGAGUUGCGUUUCUCGCCAUAUGUAAGAAGCAACACAAUGCUUUUCCUCACAUUUGUCAAAGCAGGACUAACCGUUCUGUCCAUCUUUGCAUCUCCUGUAUUGUAGAGUAACUUCUGUAAAUGUCAAAGCGUUAGGAACAGACAUGAAAAGCAGUCACUUUGUAACUGUCUGGCUCAGAGAGCAGAACUGGGUACGGAUCUUAAAGGCCAGACCCGCCUCUAAAGUGAUGCUGAUCUGCAGGAUCUCCACUUUCUAUUGUUUGAAAUGAAAAAGCAAAGGAGCUUCCUGACGGCAGUUCAGAGUUAUUUCAUCUAGAAAAUAAAAGCUAAUCUUAAAAAAACUCUGCCGUCACCACUCACUCUGACUCAGAAUUAUUAAUUCAUGUCUUAAAGUGUAUCAUCCGAAGUGUUGCUGAGGAUUAGCUUACCAACCACUUCUUGAAAUUACCGACACUUCGUCUCCAAAGCCAAAUGUCACGUCGGAUUUGCUUUGGUUUUAAAUUUGUGGUCCUCCUGUGAUUAUGUGUCAGUGUGACAGGUUCCACAGACGGACGUUUCUCACAGUAGCUCCUGUCACCCCCAGCAAGCCUGCAGAGCUGGCGUACGUCUGGCCCCUCUGAAAGCCCUUCACAGAUGGCAGCCGCACAGAGCUGCGGAUACAGGCUCCAGUCUGAGGAGGUGGAUGAGAUCUGAGGUAGAGAUAAAGGCUGCCAUCCCCACCCCCAUGCCACACUCAGUCCACCAGGCUCCUAAACAAAAUACUCAGAGAGGACUUUGGCACAGAGCUCUGGUGUGACAAAAACUGCUUCUAUAGAUCUGGGGGAACAGAAAAUAUCAAAGCGACAUGGGUUUAAAGGAAAACAUUGAAAAUGCAACCUAAAGGAACUCCAUGUUUACCCUGUGAGUCGCCAUGACGAUCUUGCAGUAUUGUUCCCUGGUGGAGGUGUGUCUGGCCCUUUUAGUACCACAUACGGGGACCAGCUGCUCUCAUGAAGCUCUGAACGCCCAACCCAGCUCUGUUCUCAGACCUUAUUUCCUGUAUUUGGACAUGCACGUGAUGCUGAGGCUGACCAACUGCUUGCAGAAAAAUCAGAAUUUAAAGUAGUAUGAUAACCUUGCCUGAAAAUGUUAAAGUAAUGUAACUUAAUGAAGAACGUCAUCAAGCUGCUUUUAUUUCUAGCAGAAAAUAAAUUGUUCCAUAAAUAAUAGAAACAAUCUAACAUCAAUUGUUUAUUAUGAAGAAAUCAUAAAGUUAUACAAUUGAGGAUAUAUAGCCUUAAACAAGAAUGUUGAAUGAAGACAUUCUUCCCUUGCUUUCUUCUCUCUGCUUGUUUGUUUUCACAGAGGCCCUGCCUUGCUCCCCCAGCAGUGGGAGUACUGGGGGGAGAUCAUUAUCCUGUAUAAUUCUGCCAUGAAGAAACUGUUGCUAAGUGUUUGAGUCUUGUUGCAUGUCUCUGAUCUCCUGUUAUGAACGUUCAGGGUAAUGAUCUCCGCCUUCAUUUUUGAUUCAUGUUUUUAAAGGACAAAAAGAACCAGCCAGUAUGCAGGGGUUUUUGUGUUAUUGAAAUUCCUGAUUAUUCCUGACUAACCUAAUGUUCUGUCCACCUGUUUGUUUGUUUUUCAGUUAUUUUAACUGUAUAAGUAAAUUUGUGGUGUAUUUUAAGGCGAUGUACCUUCUCUGUUACCUUUAACUUGUGAAGUCUACACUACAUGCAGAUACUCACAUCAGCUGGCGUAUUUAUAGUUGAGCUGCAAAGCAACACUGGCUUCUGAGUGAGAUCGAUAGGCAGGUCAGACAGAGCAGCGCUGGCUGGGCAGAUAUGGAAGUUCAGUGUACAGACAGGAAGUUUGGCAGGUGAGAAGAAUGCUCUCAGACAAGUACGAAACAUUAAAUGUCAUGCAGGCAAUUGCUCCUGCAGGAACAACUCACAAAGUUUUGAUUCUUGUUUUUUCUUGUUCUUAUCGACUGGUUCUGUACGUUAUUUUCAGCCAAAUACUUUUUUCAGUGCUUUAUGAACAGCAAGGAUUGUAAAUCUGAAUAACUCUUUCCAGGGGAGGCCCAUGCAGAGCUUACUUGACGGCCCACCUUGUCAUUUUUUUUUCUUUCCUCUAGAGAUUUUACGUAGAUGACUCGGACUGUUGCCUUCCCAAACGUUGAAAUCAAGCGGAGCUGCUCGGGCGUCGAGCUCUCUCCGCAGAGUCCGCAGAGGGGAAAGUAACACUGUGUGUUUGUUUGUUCUUACUUUCAGUCUUUGAUGAUAUUAUCCAUCCUGCUGUUUCGUUUUUGGUUGUGCAAAAAUGUAAA